UUUCUGAGUGAAUCCAGUCGUCCAAUCACAGCUGGACCUGACAGAUCAGAGUGAAUCCAGUCGUCCAAUCACAGCUGGACCUGACAGAUCGGACUGGGGGUCUUGGUUCUACCUGUAGCUCAGAUGGUCUGUAUCAGAGUCAGAGUCGCCAUGACAACCGCCUCCCGGACGCUCCGCCCCCUGCUCCUCCUCCUCCCGGUCCUGGUGUCCUGGCUGCCCUUUGGCUCCGCCUCCAUGCUGUGUCCGAAGCGCUGCACGUGUCAGAACCUGCUGCCGUCCUACACGGUUCUGUGCGCUAAGACGGGCCUCCUGUUCGUCCCCCCCAACAUCGACCGCCAGACGGCCGAGCUGCGGCUGAUGGACAACUUCAUCACCACGCUGAGACACCGAGACUUCGCCAACAUGUCCAGUCUGAUCCACUUGACCCUCAGCAGAAACACCAUCAGUCAGAUUCGACCGUACGCCUUCGCUGACCUUCAGGAUCUCCACGCUCUCCAUCUGGACGCCAACCGCCUCACCACUCUGGACGACGCCCACUUCCAGGGCCUGGUCAACCUGAGGCACCUGAUCCUGGCCAACAACCAGCUGCACAGCAUCUCAGAGGGAGCCUUCCAGGACUUUCUGGAGACCCUGGAGGACUUGGACCUGAGCUACAAUAACCUGGUGGACAUCCCCUGGGACACCAUCGCUCUGCUGGUCAGCGUCAACACCCUCAGCCUGGACCAUAACCUCAUCGAGAGCGUCCCAGAGGGGAUCUUCUCCAACCUGCACAAACUGGCACGGUUGGACAUGACCUCCAAUAAGCUGAAGAAGAUCCCCCCAGACCCCCUGUUCCUGCGAAUCCCCGUCUAUGCAAAGAUGAAGGGUUCCCCCCUGACGGCGCUGGUGCUGAGCUUCGGAGGAAACCCUCUGCACUGCAACUGUGAACUGGUGUGGUUACGACGACUGACCCGAGAAGACGACCUGGAGACCUGCGCCUCCCCCAGAGACCUGGCAGGGAAAUACUUCUGGACCAUCAGAGAGGAGGAGUUUGUUUGCGAACCACCGAUGAUCACUCGUCACACCUCCAAGAUGUUUGUGAUGGAGGGUCAGGAGGUGAGUCUGCGCUGUAAGUCCAUCGGAGACCCGGAACCUUCCACUCACUGGGUCAGUCCGGACGGGAAGCUCAUGGGAAACACCUCCAGAACCAUCUGCUAUGAGAACGGUUCCCUGGACAUCCUCAAGGCCUCGGUCAAGGAUUCUGGGAAGUUCACCUGUAUUGCGUCUAACGCGGCUGGCGAGGCCACGGCACCGGUGGAGUUGGUGGUCAACCCUUCACCGCACUACGACCCCAAAUUGGACCCCGACCCCGGACCCUCCGACAUCCCCACCUCCAUCAAGUCCAACAUCAGCGGAGGACAGGCCCGGUCCGACCAGCAGAGGGUCAGCGUGUCCGACCUGACGUCCAGCUCGGCCACCAUCAGGUGGCCCCCCCAGAACCACAUACCAGGGGUCCGCAUGUACCAGAUCCAGUACAACAGUUCAACUGACGACAUACUGAUAUACAGGAUGAUUCCAUCCAACCAUAAGUAUUUUCUACUCAGUGACCUGGCGUCGUCGCGGGACUAUGAGCUGUGUGUUCUGGCCGUUUACGACGACGGCAUGACGGCGCUGACCGGAACCAAACUGGUGGGCUGCGUGUCCUUCACCACGGAGACGGAGUACGGACGAUGUCACUCCAUACGAGACCAGUUCUUGGGUGGAACCAUGAUCAUCAUCAUCGGGGGGAUCAUCGUGGCGUCGGUCCUCGUCUUCAUCUUCAUCCUCCUGAUGAAGUACAAACUCCACAGUAACCACUACAAACAGAAGGCCGCCGCCCGCCACGCCAACGUCUGCUCCCAGACCAAUGGAGGAGGAGGGGGAGGGGCAGGGGGCGGAGCCAACAUCCUGGCCCUACCUCCAUCCUCCACAUCUGUUGGACCAGGUGGAAGCGCCAAUAAAAACUCCCAACCGUCAUCAUCGACAGACGGGAUGGGCGGAGCCUCUCUAAGAGGGACAACUGUAGUGGAUUUAAACCCCGCCCAUGACGAGGACGCCGUCUCCCAAUAACACACGAGGACCUGUCAGCCCAGCCCACCAUUCACCACGCCCACACCAAUACUCCACCCCUCCCCCUGAUUUUGAUUUGUUACUGGUGCCUGGAGGUUGACUCCACCUUACAAUGAGGAGCAGCUCCGCCCACCGGUGCCACAGUGGGUUCUAUGGUUCCAACCCAUAAACCCGAUGGGAGAACAUUCAACCAGGACGCCCCCCCACCCCCCGGCUGAUGAUGUGAACACCUGGAGGAAGAUCUACAGCCGUCUGUUGAUAUGCAAACGUCUCGGCGGUGCUGGUGUCAGACUUGGCCCGGCUGUAGACCACCUCAGACCCUCCUCAGAUGGUGCUCACAUGGGUCUGGAACCGUGGACGGUUUGGCUUUGUUCUUCUUCUUCUGUGGAGGACCUUGUUUCCAAUAACCUCCUGGGCUCUUCAGGGUGUUCAGGGAAAUCCAGUCUUGGGUUUUUUCUUCAAUGUGCACGGUUUCUGAGUGGUGGUCCUGGUCCUGGUCUUCUGUUCCUCCUCCAUCCAGUCACAUGCCAAAGGUUUCCUACAGUUUUACAGCAGCGUUAAUAUGCAGACGUAUGAAGCACACCGACACAAACCAGGAAGACCGAGCACACGCUGGAAACAUGAGCACACGUCAACGUCUUGUCUCGAAGCAUCAGUAAAAAACUGUCCAACCAGACCAUGGACGUCCCUGGGACUUUAGGCGUACGUGGUCUACUCAUGUCUUUUCUGUCUUUCUUCUCUUUCUCUGUCUUCUUUUCUGAACAGUUGAACACUAUAUUCAACAGUAUUAACUCAUCUGACUGAUCAUUUAGAUCAUGUGGAAAUAAUCCGUGUGUUUACGGUGGAUUGAUGCUCUUUAGUGGAGUUUUAAAAAAAAAAAAAAAAGAUCCCAAGGACGGAGCCGUGAGGGACGCCCCUGGGGGGUUCUUAAAGCACAUGUUUUCUGGCUUUACCUUUGCUGACAGUGGAUUGUCCAGUUGGAGCUCAGAGUGUCUGUACGUAAAAACACUGGGACCACAAGGACAGCGGUCCACAGGUUCAGGACUCUGGACAGAGGAACCCGGGUUCUUCUGUUCCGUCCCCUCCCUCCCUCCUUCGCCGUUUGACAGUGUCUGUGUUUGUAUGUGACAUACACCCUACGGUCUUCAAUGGUUUGAUGCCCGUGAUUUAAAACAACCGACCACAAUAAGGAGAAAAAACACAAGGUGCGAAACGGGGAUUUUAUGCUUUCAUAGAAACAAUUAUGUGGAUUUAUAAUGAAAUAAAAAGGUAUUUUUCUUGGAAAAA